AAAUUCUCGAGUCAAAGAAUCAAAGAUAGGCCCACACCUUGUUACUGUCAAAUCCUUUUCGAUAUCAUAUCAUCGAGGAAGAGGUUUGUAAAUAUUAAUUCCUCAGUGAACAUUGAAUUUUCAAGUCAACAACUAUUCGCUAAAAAUUCUCAAGAUGAGGCAGAACGGCAGUCCCCCACCUCAACGUCCUAGCUCAUCAGAGGCAGACCCUCUGAUAGGGCCUGGCAAGCCUUAUCGUCGCUAUCAAUCUCCCUGUGUCAAUGGAGCACUAGCACUCAUUGCUCUCUUGAUUCCUGUUGCAAUCACGGUUAUCAUUUUCUUUAUGAGCAUUUCAAAUGACCACUUAGAUCGAGAUCGCAUUCGCAAGGACUGGUACAACGAACUUCGCCAGCACCAGAAAGAAGUUCUCGAGCGCAUUGACACCCAAAAACGUUGGCUUCAGGAAGAUAAUGACAGGACUCAUCUCCGCGAACAAUGGGGAACGGAAGUGGAAAAGCACGAUCGUGAAAUGGAGGAGAGGCUAAAGCGCGAUGAAGAUCUAAAAAAUCGUACCCGCGAACAAUGGAAAAAAGAAGAAGAUGGGCACCAGCAUGAAGUGGGGGAGAGACGCAAGCACGAAGAAGAAGAACGCUUGAGAUUGAAUAUGUUUUGGACCGACCCGACUUCCCACACGUGCACGACAUACGCCACUCGAGAGUACACUGCCCGACUAGUGAAUGUCCCGUCAUACUACAACCGCCGUGUGGAGGCUUGCAUGGCCACACCGAUAGAGAUCCACGGGAUUGAAUACACGCCUAAGUGGUGCGAGGAUCAGGGUCCAAACAACGUAACAGGUCAUUGGGAAGUCGACCAGCGUGAGCCAGAUUGUGCGUCGUACUGGACCUGGUACAAAGAUUUUGGCUGUAUUUCUCCUGGAUCCGGUCAGCGACGUAUUGAACAUUACCUCGAGAACCUCCCGUCGGGAGCUGAUUGGAAGGAGUUCUGUGCGACCACUCCUGUAAGCUUCCAUGGGAUGCACUUCAUGGGGGCAGAAUUCUGCUUCCAAAAGGCACAUACGGCAACUGGGUUUUUGAUGACGAGAGCUGCAAGUAGUCAGUCACAAUGACGCUUCGAUGUUGGAUGAGGGUGGUAUUGUCUUGGAAUUUUGAUGUGCUAUUUUUUGCUGUGCCAUUGGAUGUAC